CGGUGUCCUGCUCUGCCCAGCGGGGGGGCAGAGGGAAGGAGAGAAGGUGUCUGAGCCUGAGGCAGAAAACCCACCCUAGGCCCUCCCAUUCCGGUGCCAAACCAGGAAGAAGGUGGGGCCGGCACUCAGAUGGCCCUGGAGGUCACUCACAGAUCGAUCAGGGGGCUUCCAAGGCAAAGGCCCUGGAAUCAGGAAAUGGAGCCCCAGAACCGGAGACCCGGGGCCUGCCCAGGAUGCCACAACCCAGCCCCAGACAUCAGAAACAAGAUAAGUCGUUUAUAUCGAAAGACAUUCCUCUUCCACUUCCGGAAUCUUCGCUGGGCCCUGGGCCGGAACAACACCUUCCUGUGCUACCAGGUGGAUAGAGAGGAGCGUGACUCGACUGUCCCCAUUCACAGAGGGGUCUUUAAAACCCAGGUCUUCCUGGAGACCCGCCUGCAUGCCGAGCUGUGCUUCCUCUACUGGCUGCACGACUACCCCCUGCAGUUCCCCGACCAGCACUUACAGAUCACCUGGUUCAUCUCCUGGAGUCCCUGCUCUGACUGUGCACAGCAGGUGGCCGCCUUCCUGGCCAGCCACUCCAACUUGAGCUUGACCAUCUACGCCGCCCGCCUCUAUUACUUCUGGAAUCACUCAUACCAAGAGGGGCUUCGCGCCCUGCAGCGGGAAGGAGCCAGGGUGGAAAUCAUGUCCCUCAGAGAGUUUGAGCACUGUUGGGAGAACUUUGUGUACCCCUACGACGGACGGCCAUUCCGGCCUUGGAAGAACCUGAUUAGAAAUUACCAUUUCCAGGUCAAGAAGCUGCAGAAGAUUCUCCCAUGGGACCCAGGCACCACGGAGUUGACUCCUGAAGGCAGAGGCCAUCUGAGCCCAGCGCAGGUGACUCCAGAGGAAGUUCCCGGCUCCUGGUGCCUCCUUGUCACACGGAGGGUCAUGAAGCUGCUAAAGAAAGAAACGUUCCACCAGCAGUUUAACAACCAGCACCGGGCGCCCAGGCCCUACUGCCGCCGGAAGACCUACCUGUGCUACCAGCUGCAGCUCAAGGGCUCCCCGUGUGACCAGGACUACUUUCAAAACAAGAAGGAUCGCCACGCAGAGAUUCGCUUCAUAAAGAAGAUCCGUUCCUUGGACCUGGACCGGAGCCAGAACUACGAAGUCACCUGCUACCUCACCUGGAGCCCCUGCCCCAACUGCGCCCAGGAGCUGGUGGAGCUCACACGAAGCCACCCCCACGUGCGGCUGAGGCUCUUCACCUCGCGCCUCUACUUCCACUGGCUCUGGAGAUUUCAGGAAGGGCUGCGGCUCCUGUGGAGAUCCGGGGUUCAGAUCUGGGUCAUGAGUCUCCGAGAGUUCACCCACUGCUGGGUCAAGUUUGUGAACCACGGGGGAUGUCCCUUUGAGCCUGAGCUCUGGGACAGGCUGGAGCAACACAGCCAAAGCAUACAAAAUCGCCUCAAUCGCAUCCUGGGGUUGACACCUGUCACUGCCACCUGUGCCACCUCCUGUCCCCACCCAUGCUGCUCAGCAGUCCUGACUCUGGAGGAUCUUACAGCUAACUUCAGGAACCUACAGCUUUGACCCGCAUCACCCUCCGCAAUAAGAAGGGACUCCGAGAGCAGAGAGCAUGGCGGACCCCGCGCUGGUGGCCUUUGGGAGGAAGUACCACACCCCACAAGUCCAGAAGGCCUCGCUUUCCCCCUUCAUGUAUUUGUGUUAUAAGUGGGUGUCUAAUUUUAUGAUUAAAAUACUCAAGGUCAUUUUAAA